GGGUGGCAGUCACACACAUGCUGAAAAGCAGACAGACAGACUCAACACAGUAAAAAUAUGUGUUUCCUAAGUGCCUCGGAACAAACAAAUCAGCCUGCGACACUUUAAAGUGAUUUACUUGCUUUCUGAUUUUGUGGGAGCCAGUCACAAGAGGCACAAUGCGGGACAUGCUGGAGAGAAUGCAGACCAUUAGUGAGGAGCAGGAGGACUACGAACCAGAAUUUUAUGGAGAUGAGUACGAUGUAGACAAAGAGACUCUGUCACAACAGGCAGUGGUGUUCGAGAACUCCUCAGCUAUUGACAACAUCUUGGAGGAGGCCCACUCCAUACGCAAAGAGAUCUCCAUGCUUCGCUUAGAGGUGGAGCGUCUGAGCACACAUAAUGAACGCUUUGGCACCUCUGUGCGGCGCCUCACCCUAAUCAAAAAGGACUCUGACUCCAUCGCCAGGGGGAUCCAGCAACGUGGGGCAGCAGUGUACGCCCGCCUUCAGGCCCUGGGCAAGGAGAGCAGCCAGCUGGAGGAGAAAGAAGGUCCCAACUCUGCUGUUAGUCGCAUUGCUCGAACUCAGCAUGACACACUGACCCGUGCCUUCCAUGAUGUCAUGAGUGACUACAAUGAGGCAGAGGAGAUGCAGAGGGAUACAUGUCGGGGGAGGAUCCAGAGGCAGGCCUCUAUAAUGGGGGCUGAAAUCACCGACGACCAGCUGGAUGUGAUAGUGGACAAAGGUGGCGAGGGAUGGGCUGAGCUGUCCCAGAGCCUGCAGAGCCAAGGCGGACGUUCGUCCCGCUGGGCGCUGUGUGAAAUCAAAGGCAGACACAAGGAGCUGGUGGAGCUGGAGGUCAGGAUGAAGGAGAUCCACGAUCUGUUUCUGCACAUGGCCAUGCUGGUGGAGGAGCAGGGAUGUCUGGUUAAUAACAUUGAGGCUAAUGUGUGUGGCACUCAGGAAUAUGUAGAAAAAAUUAAUGUCCACAUCAAGAGAGCCUUACAGUACAAGAGGAAGAAUCCUUUCCGGCAGUGUUGUCCCUGUCUACCCUGCUGGAGACACAACCAAACGUUUUAGGGCUAUUUUGACUUUUACAUUAUUUUAUGGAUGAUUGAAAAUUGAAAUAAAACAUUUACUUGUGUAAAAAUUAUGGACAGCUGAAAAUAAAUGCUGCUGUGCAAUGUGUUAAACUAAUAUUUAAUGCAACUUUACAAGCACACUCAUGAGUACAAAGUGAAAAAGGAGCUGUUACCAGCCAUCUAAAGUUUGAGCUACAGUAGACUUAUGCCUUAUUUGCAUGACAGAAUUAAUUCAGUUGUGGAUGUGUGAGCAGGGGAGAAAUUUACAUUUUAAAGGGAUGUUAUUUUAAGUUGAAUUUGUUAAACGGUUCACUGAUUCACAAGCUGUUAUUGAGACAACAUGUCAGACUUUGGUGGAAGAAGCUAAAUUAUGUCAACAAACUGUGUUGAGUUAAGGGCUGUACAAGUCCACUAGUUUAUGUAGCCUAUUAGUUUGUUACUGAAAAUUAACCAACCAAAAAACAUCAUAUGUCUACAGUACGUAUGGUGUAAUAUUUUAUUGUAUCUGUUGUCUUUCAAAUGUAAAGCACUUUGAGUUUAAGUGUAAUGAAAUGUGCUAUAUGAAUAUAAAUAAAACUGCCAUUGGCAACUGUA